GCCCCCACUCAUCCUCGAUCAACGCAACGCCUGUGCUGAGUUGAUAGCUUUCGAGUUCGAGCCUCCACGACUCGGUAAAUUUCUUAUGGCCACCCAGUCGCAGGCUGCCCGUGGCACAACCGCCACCGCCACCGCCACCACCAUAGAGGACCUCCACUCGGACAUGCUGAUCCGCGCCCUCCGUCACCUCGACGGACCGGCGCUAGCAGCCGCCAGCUGCGCCACCACCCACCUCCGUGCCAUCGCCUCGCAGCCCGAUCUCUGGCGCGACCUCUGCGUCACCACUUGGCCAUCGCUCCGCCACCCCCGCCUCCUCCGCCUCCUCUCCUCCUCCCCCAACGCUCAUCGCUCCUUCUUCUCCGACGCCUUCCCUUCCCCCUCUCCGCUCACCGUCCUCACCGACGACGAUGCCAGCCUCCCCUCCGAGCUUAUCUCCGCCGUUGACCUCUACCACCAGGGCGCCCUCGUCUUAUCCCGCGUCGUCGAGACCGACACCUCCACCCUCUGGUUCAGGGGCGCCCCCUUCCGCAUCGAUGCCCUCGACCGGAAGGACCCACCUCCGCCGCCCUCGCCUACGCUACCCGCUGCCGCGGCCGCAGCCGAACCGGCCAUCUCACCCGAGGAUCUGACACUGAGCUGGGUCGUCAUCGACCCGCACCGGCGGCGCGCCAUGAUCGCGACGAGCCGGCAUCCUGUGGCGGUCGAUCGGCACUGGAUCACCGGCGAGACGGUGGUCCGGUUCGCGUCGGUCCUCGGCGAGGAGUGCGCCCUCGGGGUGGUGGUCACCUGCGGGGAGGAGACGGGGCACGUGCUCGAGAUGAGUCUGAUGGCGGAGGGUAUCGACGGGGUCUGCUUGAACGGCAGGGACGGCUUGGCGGUAAUCCAAGCGGCGAUAGAGGGUGACAGGAAGAGAGAAGAGGCGGAAGAGGUGGAGAAGAGGAAGUGGGAAGAAUUCGUCGGGCGACGGCAGAGGCGGAAGGAGGCGGCCGCGCGGCGGGAGCGAGUGGUGGACCUGGCCUGCCUUGCGGUGGGCGGCGCGGCGUUCUUGGCACUCUUCGCAAUUGCGGUUUCGAGGUGGUUGGAUCGCGCGGUCUAGCUGAACCGGGAAGAGGUUGAUCCCCUCGCUUCUCGUUUUCACAUCUCAACCGUGAGCGGGACCUUCCCUCAUAUCUCAGCCGUUCACUGAAUGUGAAGACCAUAUAUGUGGCACGUCACCAUAGUUCUCAGGUGGGUCCUCCAGAAAAUGGACGAUCGAUAUAUGAGCAGAUGACCGACCAUCAGACGGUCCAGAUAUCUGAACUGAUACUGCGAAGCGGUCAACGCAAUACUAGUUAGAGAAAUGAUAGAUACUUGGAUGUAAAGAUAGGUGGGUCACAUAUUAUGAAUGGUUCUCUUGGGGUUGUUAUGUAAUCCCAUCCGGUCUUCGCGAAGAAUAACUCACCUAAUAACAGGCAUUUCCACAUCCUCUUUAUUAAUAGCAGCAA